GUAAAACAAGCUUUCCCUUGUCAAGCCCAGACGCUUGUGCCUCUUCUACCUCUACACCAUUUCAGACGGCAAUGGCGGUUUCGUCUCGUUCUGCGAUCCGCUCUGCAACCAAUCUCUCCAAUAACCUUCUACGCUCCUUCUCCACUUCCACCAAAUCCGCUCACCAUAACAGUCACCAGCAGACUCACAAAUUCUUGGAGGCGAACGCCUUCGUUGGCAGCUGGGAGCCGCCGAAAGACCCCGAGGAAGCGCAGGCCAAGCUCGUGCAGCUUCGUAGGGACUACGCCAAGCAGGUGAAGCAGGUGCGCAAGAAUUACAUCCAGGAGGUUGAGCUACUGAGACUCGAAAAUCAGCGUAAGGACGAAGCUAAGAGAGAGGCGCUUAGGGUUGCCAAUGAGGAACGCAAGAAGCUUAAAGCCGAAGCGGCUAAAGCCCGAGCCGAAGAGCGGAAAGUCGCCGACGAAGAGUUCCGACGGACUUUGAUGAAAGAAAGAAGCGAGAAGCUUGAGCAUUGGAGAACGAUGGAAAAGAGAAGAGAAGAAAAGAAGAAAGAAAAGAACGAGCUAAUAAGGCGGCAGAGUUCGUUGUGGAUUGAUGAAAACAAGUUGGAAGGGAAGCUAUUAGACGCCAUUGUCAAUACCACCCCUCUCUGAGUUCCCUUUGCUGAGUUAAUUUAGAGUACUACUCUUACCUUGAAUCAAAACUACUUCAACAUCUUUUUCAAUUCUUACCUUUCAUGUUAGAAGCAAUUUAUAAGAUAAUUGUUGCCUGAGGUAACAUUUCUUUUCCUUGUUUCUCGUUUUUAAUUUUCGGUCUCGUUUUCUUU